CCGCGUGGGAGAGCACUAGCCAUCUAACCGUCGCCUCGACUAUGGCCUCUCCGUUCCUGUCGAUCACGGACAGUACCACCUCGACCGAGGGCCAUGAAGACGCUUUCCUAGGGUUCGUGGAGUACGCGAGGUCGAUGAUCUCGUCCGACGCCGAGGAGGAUCCGGACGCCGGCGGCGGGGGAGACCCUCCUGUCCCUCCAUGGAGCUGGGUCGUCUCAAAAAUCCUCAAGUCCUGCAUGGCGUACUCCAGCGGCGUCACCCCCGCCAUCCUCCUCUCCGAUCUCUUCCAGGCGUGGAGCGAGCAGCAUAGAUACUUGGCUUCAAAGAAGAGGUUAGGAUGGAAAACGCCAUCGGAAAAGAGGCAUAGAAGAACGAGGCUGCCACAUACUGUCACCAUUGAUUCUAUUUAUGAGAAGAAUUUCUUAUCUCCAAGCAGUGUUAUUGAAGCCGUUGUUAUCGAUGCCUUCCUUCUUCCAGGUACAAAUAUAUACUUGCUUAGCUUGGGAAAUCCAUGGAGCUCAUGCACCAUUGAUCUAUAUCUGCAUCGCAGAUACUAUGAUUUGCUGGACUUCCAGAUUCUGAAGAAAGGACGUGAGGUCUACCUGACCGGAUGUUGUCUUCGUACGGCAAUGGAAGGAUCUGGUCAACCGCGUCUUUUGCCAACAGAAUACCUGGUUGUUUUGUUAGAUGAGGACCAAGAUGAAGAUGCAGUUUUGCUGGGUGCACAAUUUUGUUCAGACUCUUUCUCAUCGAUUUCAAUUGAUGCAGUCAAGAAUGCUGUUACAUAUUCUUUAUAUGCAAGGAUCGAAUCAAUUGAAUUGUUGGAAGCUUUUAGGGGUGUAGAGAGGAAAGCAAUCAUUUUAGUUGAUAGUGAUGGCUCCAAGUUAAAGUUUGUUUUAUGGGGUGAACAAAUUCUCCUUGCUAAUCUCUUUAGUUUGGGAAGUAUGCUUGCUUUAGACAGACCUUUCAUUGCAUAUGUUGACAAUCAUAAUGUGGGCAGUCAAGAAUUAUGUUUGGAAUUUGGAAGUGCCACACGGAUAUACAUGGUGCCAUUUACUCAACAAGAGGAAGAAGUACUUCUUUCCUCCACACAAACGAGGAGUCCAGGAUCAAGAUUUUCAAACACUUUAGACCAAACCCAGGGCCUAAAGAUAUCACAAAUUAUGCUACCACUAGAUUCACAAGGAUCAGUUGACUUCAAGAACUAUCCAUUCCAACUACAUGUGGCUGACCUCCGUGACAAAAUGACUGGAGUCAGUCUGUAUGGUGUUGUUACAAAUAUUGACAAGGAGAUAAACAACUCAGACACUGUCUAUUAUGUGAGAAUUGAAGAUACAACAGGAGCUGUUGUGGCAAAACUACACUUUGUUAGAUAUUGGUCACUAGGAAGACUGGGAAUUGGCCACUCAGUAUUCAUCUCAGGGUUGACUUGUUCCAUGACAACUGGAAAGUUGCUUGAAGUAUCAUGGUUUGAGAAGGAGACUGGAACUUGUUUAUUCAACCAAAGCUGCUUGCCAGCAUUGUUGAAUUCAUCAUGCCUACACAAGUUAUCUCAUUUAUCUGAUAUCUCCAAAUUGAUGAAAAAGACACAUAUAUGCCGAGUUUGUGUUGUCAGUAUUGAACAUCAUGAUGUCUGCUUAGUGAAAUCUCAUGUCAUUUGUGGCCGUCCUGUGAAAGAGAGGUCAGAUGGAUCAUUUCAUUGCAGUUUUUGUAAUUCCAAUUGUGAUGGUGAAGUUCUCGAUAGCUUUCAGUUGAAGGUGACCCUUGCAGAUGAGAGCAAUCAGAUGUUUGCAUGGUGCACUGGACAAACUGCUACAGAGUUGCUGCAAAUAACCCCAGAUGAAUUUCUUCAUCUACCUGUGGUUGAACAAGCAAUGUAUCUUUGUACACUGAGAACCGAGAGGUAUAUUGUUGCUGUCGUAAAUUGCAAAAGGAGCACCAACCGAUCUUCUAUGAACCUGGAAGAUGACCCAGUCUUUGAGGUUGCGCGAGCUCAAAAAUGUGAAUAAGAUGUUGCUGGUGCUGGUGAUGGGCUACUUACUACUGAUGACAGAGCAGAUAGAAUUGUCAUCAUUCUUUAUCAAGUGCAGGCACGGCAUGGUUCUUCUGGUGAGUUUGAUGUUUCAGAUGUCAGUGGUUUGGUCACCCUGACUGAAGUUUCUACUGUUCCGAGCAUCGUAUUCUGCAGUUUACAUCUCUAGUGCUCGGGCUAUCAGUCAGGUAGGUCUAAGCAAAUUCUAAGCGGAGUUGAUGAUGUAGCUGAAAGAGUUUGUGCAUUCAACCAAUCGGCAAGGUAAUUCAUGUGGCACCACGGGUUGGUGAUUUCCUGUCGGGACGGAGGUUAUUUGUUGAAUCAUACAGUUUAGGAUAGUGAAGCCCCUUUUGCCACAUUGAAGUUGCUGGUCGAUGCUUUGAAGCCCCUUACAAAUGCCGAUCACAAGGCAUUGCGACCUAAGAAUGGUUAGCCCAUGCGGAAGGAAGACUUACCGUUCAAUUUUCUUGUGUUUAUUAUAUAAACAAGAAUUGUUUAUAUCACAUUUGAUUUUAUAUAAACCGUUCAAUAUUCCUUGUUGGGUCAAAGUGGCUCCACUUUGACCUAUUCGAUGUUUA